GAUUGGUUCAUCCAGCAAAUUUUACAUGCUUGUAAGUAUCAGUUAUCAUUUUGUUCCAAGUAGUGAAAUUUAAAGGUCAGAUUGAUUUUAGAUGCUUCGAAUGGAAGGACAUCAUGAGAUCGGUGGCACGACCAAAAAACUUAGUGACUAAACGGUGGCGUGAGCUUGAGCCCAAGAAUCACGCACGCCACCAACGUUAGCCUGGCUCCGGCCUCGGAUCUACAGUGAAGUCCAAGAGGCGAUUGCUUAACGGUGGCGUGAGCUUGAGCCCAAGAACCACCCCACCAACGUUGGCUUAGCUCCAGGCUUGGAUCUACAGUGAAGUUCCAGAGACGGUUGGCUCAAGACUCAAAAUUCUGUCAUUUUAAGGCUCUUAAAUCUGAAAACCCUUCUCCCCCUCUCUCUUUCAGCCCAGCCCUAGCCCAUGGACAGGGUGGGCUUCACAAUUUUGGUUCAGCGUCCACCCGGGCCAGACCUAUAGUGAGGCUCAAGAGGCGGUUGCCUCAGGGCCCAUAAAUUUUUUCCAAGCCCACCCCCAAUCAGCGCCUUCUGCAAACUUCUGCAAACCCUUCUCCCUCUCUGGAUCUCUCGCGGCUCGCCCUCGCCCUCGCUCUCGCUCUCGCUCGCGGCUCUCCCUCGCCUCUCGGUCGGUAGCUGGGGAGGUAGCAUCUAUGGCUACUGGCUCUGGCUCUCUAACUCUUGCUCUCGCUGGGUGACUCGGUCGCUCGCCUCUCUGCAUUGCCAUUGGGACACUUUUGGUUCAAUCUUUGGUGUUGUGUUCUGUUCGGAUUCAAAUUCAAUACCAGUGACAAAAAAAUCUUUUGGUUCAAUCUUUGGUGUUGUGUUCUUAUUCUUGGCAGGCAGGCAGUGGCCACUGGUCAGUGGGCAUCCCUUCAUACUCUAGAGACUAAGAGACUAGAGAAAGAGAUAUGGAUGAUAAGAUUGAUCAUUAUAUUAUUUUGGGGUUACCAACCGGCGAUGAAGGAGCAAAGUUUUCAGAGAAAGACAUAACCAAGGCAUAUAGAAAAAGGGCACUGGAGUUGCACCCUGACAAGAGGCCAGAUGAUCAAAAUGCACAUGCCGACAUUCUGCAGCUCAAUGCAUCAUAUGCGAUUCUCAAGGAUGAAAAGGCUAGGCAGCUAUUUGAUGAUCUCCUCCGAAUCAAACAGAUGAAGAUCCGCCGCCAAUCACAACAAGACUCCAAGCGCAGGAAGAUGGUUUCUGAUCUUGAAAAAAGAGAGCGAGCUGCUUUUGCUCCUGACCCUGAAGCUGAAGCUCGAGAAGAAGAAGAGAGAAUUUCUAGAAAACUUAAAGAAGAGAUUGCCAGAAUUCGAGCAACCUAUGCCAAUAAAGUUGCAUCCACUGCCCAACCCCCAAGUAAGGAGGCAACAACACAAGGAACUGAGAAUGCUAGUAGCAGUUUGGACAAGGAGAAAGUGUGUAAGGUAACAUGGGAUAAGGUUGGUGAGGAUUACAGUGCUCAACAACUAAGGGAGUUGUUUGAGAAGUUUGGUGAAGUUGAAGAUGUUGUAAUCAAGAGUCAAAAGAAAAAGGGCUGUGCACUUGUUGUGAUGGCAUCCAAAGAUGCAGCACAGAUUGCUGCCACAGGAACUGUAUGUGGGAAUCUAUCAAACCCUUUACUGGUCCUGCCUCUUCAACAAGCUGUAACUGCUACUGCUCCGUGCACCCAGAAAAAUGCUGAACCUGAUCCUCCAAAGCUGAGUAAUCUUGUUGGUAGUCAAUACCAGGCAUUUGAAGAUUCAGUAUUGACUAAACUCAAAAAGGCUGCAAAGAAGCAACAAUGAUUGGAUAAAAUGAUAAUUUAGACAGGCGAUGAGCCUUGAAUCUUCAUGGUAAAGGGAAAGGUUUCCUGGUAUCAUCGUUGCAGGAGAAAUUGUCAUAAGUGCCACAUUUUCAACCUGAUCCAAGAACUGCAAAAUUUAGGUGGUGUGUGAUUUCAACAAUGAGAGAGAUAACAGUAUGACUAUAUCUUGCUCUAACUUGAGGUCCUGUAAAAUCUAUACCUUUGUCGCCUGAUAUCAUGCUAGCAACCAUUGAAGGUUCUAGUGGAGGUGAUGAUCAAACACUUGGUAGAACUUUUCUUGCAUCCUGUAUUCUUCUCUCAUCUUACAUUUAUUUGCUACUGUAGUAUCUUGCAUUGUGAUAGAAGUGAGUGAACUGAUGAUGAUAUUGAGCAUACGUAACCAGAAAUAAAUACCACUAACUGGUAGUAUUGUAUAUGCAUACUAUCUUGUAGUUGAUAUGUUUCUUGUUUUUCUUUUUCAUUUUUUAAUGAAUGUCAGUUUGUAAGCAA